AACUUGUGAACAAAAGUCUUUUUAUCCAUUUUUUCCAUAAGCUCAAAAGCAUUUAUAAAAGCAAAAGAGAGAGACUACUCAAAGACUUCUCUCAUAACCAAAAAAAAAAAAAAAAGUUCUUCUUCUUCAAUUUUCAUCAAUGGCGACGCGUAAGAGCUAUUACCAAAGGCCGAGUCAUCGCUUCCUUCCAACAGAUCGGUCUUCUCACAACGAUUCAGAAUUCGAGUUCGACGAGUCUGAUCUCUACUCCACCCGCUCCGAUUCACCUGAUUUUCGUCGUAAACUCUUCUCAUCAUUGAAUCGUAGAUCGUCUCCGUCUCCGGCGACCGUGAAAACCACUAUGGUAGUAGCUUCUUCGCUUCCGGUGAACGUACCGGAUUGGUCUAAGAUUCUAGGGAAAGAAAAUCAUAAUCGCCAUGUCAGGAGAAGAAGCAUCGAAAACGACGAAGACGGCGGAGGAGGAGAGUUAUUGCCGCCGCAUGAGUAUUUGGCGAAGACGAGAAUGGCUUCGUUCUCGGUGCAUGAAGGUGUUGGGAGGACUUUGAAAGGGAGAGAUAUGAGUAGGGUUAGAAAUGCAAUUUUGGAAAAGACUGGGUUUUUGGAUUAAUUUCUUAUAAGUAUAAGGAAUCCUUUCGAUGGUGAAGACGAGGAGUAAGCCGUCUUCAAGCUUAUGCUAGUUGCUCAAUAUCAUCCGUAGAAAAAGUCAGUGAGGCGCGUCUAGACUUAAGACAUCCACAACGAGAGAGGGCAAUUCAAGAUUGCAAGAAGGAUUCCCAAUUGCUCAGAUAAUAUGUGGCCGCAAAUGUAAAACGGUUUGUAACUCGGCAAAUUAAAGACGGCGGCGAACUCAACGCCGCCUCAGAUUUCAGUCCCAGGUUAAAUUCAGAUUUUACGCUCUAAGCUUGUAAUCGUGUUGUGUGGGUGAUAUAGGAUUUGUCAAUUUUGAAGUUAAAUAAAGGUCUUUCACUAUAUUUUACCAAACUA